ACCUCCCCAUCAGUACUCUCUCACUCUCACACUCUCUCUCUCUCUCUCCGGCGAACGUUUCUCUCUCUCCGGCAGCUCUCUUUCCGGCGCAGCUCUCUCUCUCUGGCGCACUCAACUCUCUCCGGCAGCUCUCUCUCCGGCGCACUCAAUUCUCUCCGGUAGCUCGAUCUCUCUCCGGUGUACCUCUCUCCGCUACCAAGUAUUCACUGGUGGUACAAGACAGCCAAUCAUGCUGCUGAAUUAACUGCUGGGUUCUAUAACUCUUGCAAUCGUGAUGGUUAUGCUACAAUUGCAGCAAUGAUAAAGAAGCAUGGAGCUGCUUUAAAUUUCACUUGUGCUGAGGUACAAAUGUUAGACCAGCAUGGGGACUUCUCAGAGGCACUGGCAGAUCCUGAGGGUUUAGUCUGGCAAGUGCUGAAUGCUGCAUGGGAUGUUUGCAUACCAAUUGCUAGUGAAAAUGCACUUCCUUGUCAUGACAGAGUAGGCUACAACAAGCUAUUAGAUAACGCCAAGCCCAUGAAUGAUCUAGAUGGGAGGCAUUUUUUGUCUUUUACCUACCUUCGGCUUAGUCCACUUCUUAUGGAAAGUCAAAACUUCAUGGAAUUUGAACGCUUUGUCAAGAGAAUGCACGGGGAAGCAGUUCUUGAUCUCCAGGUAUAGUGGGAUGACAGAAGUCUCUCCAGGAUGUGUAUUAUUUAUCUCUCCACCCCCCCCCUCACCCCAAAAAAAAAAAGUGUUGGGGAUUACUGUGUUGCAGGUUAGGGGAAUAGUAUUUUUAGUUGCUAUUAUCUAUACUAGGUAAUUGACAACUAGGUCGGGCUAUUUUUUAAUCAAAGCACAGCCAAUAUGUAAAAGUAAUUUAUACCUAGAUUUAGCAUUAUCCUUUUGAAUGCAUGAAGCAGAAUCUUCAUCAGUGUAUUAAAUUAUUGUUCCACCCUAAGGGUUCACCUAGAGUAGCUUGGUGAAAAUAUUUUGUUGUAGUCAUAAUGUGCUACAUAGCACAGGUGAUGUUUAUUAACCCAACUACAUAGUCAUAUAUCAAUUGGCAGAUACAGCUUGUGCUUUCUAUUUCAUUUGAAGUUUUUAAGAUGUAAAGAAUGCUGCUGCUUGAGCUUAAGAAAUGUGACAUACAAGGUGGUGGUGAUUAGGGAAAUGAGAAUCUCCUCCAUUUUGCAUCUUUA